GGACAUAGAUCGAGCGAAUGCAAUGCAAUCGUGAAAUGCGCCAAAUGCGGGAACGACCGUCACCCCACGGCACUUCUCAAAGAAAAGCCUGGCACGACACGUACGGAACACGGCGAGGAGCUUACAAUGGCCUGCACUUCAGUUUGCCACAACCCCUUGUAGCAAGAUUGUACUCGUUGACGUUCUCUGUGAGAAUCGCCCUCAGCAGUGCCAUCGCACAUAUGCAAUCAUAGACGACCAGAGCAAUGCUUCCAUGAUAACUCCUGACCUAGCGAAUAGGUCGGGCGCAACUGGACCGAUUGUGAAGUACUUCCUGACGACCUGCAGCGGUGGAAGAGAAGAAAAGUCUGGACGGCGAAUUUCCGGUCUUGUGCUAGGCUCUCUGACCGGCAUGAUGGCGAGGCUACCCCAACUCGUCGAGUGCGCAAACAUCCCUAAGGGCAAGCACGAAAUUGCAACGCCAGAGAUGGCCAGACAGUUUUCUCACCUCAAGGAGAUUGCCGAUGAAAUUCCACCUUACAACCCUAAGGCGAGUGUCGAGAUCCUUAUCGGAAGAGACACACCGGAGUUGUUGAACAUAAGAGCUAGCAGAAACGGACCUAAAGGAGCGCCAUGGGCCCAGAGACUAGACUUAAGCUGGACUAUCUCGGGCCAAAUGUGUUUAGAUCGAGUCGGUGGUCCAGUCCACAUCUCAGCACACCGCACAUCAUUGGAGCGUUUAGACAGGCUUGUUACCAGUUACCCCCGGAACGUGCAAGCUUCACAUCAUCACGCUCAAGGAAGUGAAAUCGUGCCCUGCCCAAACCGUUUCGAGGUCAAAAAAAGAUAUGCAGAGAAAGGAGAAAUCGGAGACAACCUCUUUCAAUCGACACCCGGCAACAAUUUGGUCAGCAUGUCGCAAGAAGACAAACGCUUCCUGAAAAUUAUGGAGACAGGGACUCGCAAGAACCAACAGGGAAACUGGGAG